AUGGCAUCAUCAGCAGCACCUGCUGAUGGCUCCUAUGGCCGAUGGCACCGGUACAAGGCAGCGACCGAUGCCGUUCUCACAUGGCUCGAGCGCGCCGCGUCCAAAGCCUCCAAGAAGACGAAGAAGCAGACGACGCAGAAGAAGGUGCCCAUGGACAUGAGGACGACGGGCCAGAUCUGGGCCGCUGCCGUCGCGGUCGCCGAGGCCGGCAUCGCUGUGCCGCUCGAUGUCUGGCGCAGCCUUGCGGUGAGCAUCCGCCUGCGCUGGCAAGCGACCAAGAGCUUGCCGCACGAUGACGGCCAUCUGCACUUUCUCACGGUGCUCCGGGCCAUGCAGGCCACGCUGACACCGGCCCGCCCAUCGCCGCCGAUCGCUGCCACCGACGAGCUCUCCAACACGUUCGAAGCACUGGCGCUGGACGACGACGACGAUGCGAUCGAUGCUUGUAUGCCAGCGUUUGAUGUCGCUGCGUUUCUGCCGCCCGCCGCGCCGACGCCGCAAGAGACAGCCCUUGCGCAGCUCGAAGCCGACCAGUUCCGCGCCACGUGCUUUCUCCAGGACCUCGAUGAGCUCUUGGACGAGGUCGACGCUGUCUGGACCGCGUUCGAAGCAGGCCAUACGUCGCUUGUCGCUGCGACGAUCGUCACCAACCACGUCGUCCACGUCGCCCAGUCGCUCGCGUCGGCGCUGACUCUCGAGCUCCCGUACCUCGACUCGUUCGGCACCAUUGACGUGCUCGUGGGCAACAGUGGCGCGCUGCGGUCGCUUGUGCUCCAACACGGCGUGGACCUCGCUCGAGCGGUUGCAGUGUGCGAAUUCGUACGCUGGUCCACGGCUAUCACCACGAUCGACCACGCGACGAGAAUGGCCGCAAGCUUCACAGCGUCCAAGGCGGAGGCCAAAGCGCUCCAUGCGAUGUUUGUGGCCGACGCAUCCGCGCCGUCGCCCGGCAUCGCCCAAAUACCGCAUGGCAGCGACCUCUGCAGCGUGCACUACACGUACGCGUACACGUCUCGUACCGCCGAACUCCUUGACGAUUUUGAGCUCGAUCGGACCUCGAUGCGGUCGCUGGCGCAGGCGUUUGUUGCUCAGGUCGUGCCCCGUCUGCGAGUUUCCGUCGACUCGAAGGUGUUUGCGCUGCCUCCCGAGGCGGCGGCCAUCGGUCCGUUGUGGUCGCUCUUGAAGAAGCACAGUUGUGGAGGUCGAGUUGUCGAUAUGGCGCUCGUCGUCGCGUCGCAUUGCCUUUUGAAAGCCAUGAUGCUGGUCGACGACGCCUCGCUCGCGUUCACGAUGACGCGCGCGCUCAAGCAGCAGUACAAGUCGACCCUCGUGUGCAUGCAGAACGACGAGACGCCCGGCGCUAGUCCCUCGAUACUGCGCCCGAUGUCGGGAUGGUACGUCAUGAAUCUAACCGUGGCGACGACCAAGUUGCGCAUCUUCCCGUCCGAGGCGGCGCGCGAUCAGUGGUGGUUCAACCCGUACAUGGCCGGCCACUUCCUCCUCACCUCGUCGACGGUCCUCACUGGCCUCGCCGGGCACAUGCUCCUCAACGACGUGGGCCAAGGCCGGCUCGUGCUCCAUCUUUACAACGCACUGCGUAUCCAUAAUCGGCUUGCACCCAUGAUUGAGCUCGAUAUGCUGCUCGACUUGCUCGCCCAAGACAAGCACGUGUUCCCGACGGGCAUCCCGACGACGCCAGGGACAUUCCUCGCCGCGUACGAGCUCUCGAGCGGCUUUGCCUUGAACGAUGUGACCAAGGCCAUGCGCGCGUCGCCUGACCGUGCGCUCGAGACGCUGCGAGCGAACGCAGCCCACCGUGAGAAGCAAGAUCGGCGCAGCAAUCUCCAGAAGGCUCUCGGACGAUCCACCACGCGCCAUCGCGACGUCGCGGGCACGAGCUUCUCGGACCUGAGUCGCGCGUACCAGUACGCCACCUGCAUGCAGCCGCUGCCUGUGCGCGAGGGCGGGACGCUGCCCGAUCUUCGCGAACUCUGGCGUGUGGCCGACGACGAGUGGCGCCGGUUUAUCCAGCUGGAUUUGAUGGCAAUGAGCACCAUCAUGACCAACGUGGCCAAGGCCAUUGCAGCGGAAAUGAUGCCAACAGUGUCCAAGCUGGCCGAGGUCAACGUGGACAACAUCGUGGCGCGCUUGAUCCAUUCGGGCCGAGUGCUUCUCUCCUGGUGCGAUCUCGGCAACCUCGAGCACGAGCCGCUGCGGAACGCUGCGAGCAUCAUUACCGCGUCGAGUAGCAAGCUGCAGGAAGCGUACAUUAUGCCACGCUCGUCGUAG